CGAGGUUUAGGUCUGGCCCUUGAAGAGGAGGAGCAGCUCUUUUACAGUAUCGGUUCAGAAAGUGUGUGUGUCAGAGGAGCUGAGGGAAUUUCACACACACAGAGGCAUGGAGCUGUACUCACUUUAGCAGGGACAACACAACACUCUGAGGCAACAAGUCGCCCAAAAUGAUCUAAGGACAAACCGCGGUUUACGCUGGACUUCGGGAAUCAGGAAAUAACCAAAUCAGUUUCUUUUCUUUUUAUAUAAUUUCAAGGAAACGUGUGAAAAGUAAAUGAAUUUCAGAUAUAGCACUCGCUAAAGGAUAAUGAUUUAUAAUUUAACUUCCUUCGCAUUGUCACUUUUAUAAACUGUGUGCACUGCGCUACGUUCAACUGCUCUGUCGUUUUGGCUGAAGUUUGGUGGUGAAGAGUUGUCGUAGGUUUUUGUUUUUAUACAAACAAAGCGCAUUAUGGCCGAACACGAAAGUUUGGAGUUUGGAAAGGCUGAUUUUGUUCUUCUGGACAAUGUGUCUUUGGAAGAGUUCAUGGCCAACCUUAAACUCAGGUUUGAAAAGGGUCGCAUCUACAGCUACAUUGGUGAGGUGGUGGUAUCGGUGAACCCUUACCGUGCCAUGAACAUCUACGGACGGGACACAGUGGAACAGUACAAGGGUCGAGAGCUAUACGAGCGUCCACCUCAUCUCUUCGCCAUAGCAGAUGCCGCAUACAAAGCCAUGAAAAGACGAAAUAAAGACACCUGUAUUGUUAUCUCAGGGGAGAGUGGUGCCGGAAAAACAGAAGCCAGUAAAUACAUAAUGCAAUAUAUUGCUGCUAUUACAAAUCCUAGCCAAAGAGCAGAGGUGGAGAGAGUGAAAAACAUGCUGCUGAAAUCCAACUGUGUCCUGGAGGCUUUUGGAAAUGCCAAGACCAACCGCAACGAUAAUUCUAGCCGCUUCGGAAAAUACAUGGAUAUCAACUUUGACUUUAAAGGAGACCCCAUUGGUGGCCAUAUCAGUAAUUACCUGCUAGAGAAGUCUAGAGUGAUCUUCCAGCAAGAAGGAGAGAGAAGUUUUCACUCCUUCUACCAGCUUGUGAAAGGAGCUCCAGAGUCUCUACUGCGAUCCCUGCACAUCCAGAAAGACCCAGUAGCUUAUAAUUACAUUAAAGUUGGAGGACAUAUCAAGUCCUCCAUCAAUGACACUGCAGAAUUCAAAGCUGUCGCAGAUGCCAUGAAGGUGAUAGGAUUCACUACAGAAGAGGUCCAGACUGUCUACAAGAUCCUUGCUACCAUCCUGCACCUGGGCAACCUGAAGUUUGGCAAUGACGGCGAUGUGAUUCUGAUUGAGAACUCGAAGUUAGUGGCCGUGCUUGGGGAUUUACUAUCCACUAAAGAGGAAAAUGUGGAGAAGGCACUUCUUUACCGCACUGUGUCAACUGGCCGUGAUGUCAUUGACAAGCAGCACACAGACAAAGAGGCCAGUUAUGGCCGAGACGCUCUGGCCAAGGCCAUUUAUGAGCGCCUCUUCUGCUGGAUUGUGGGAAGAAUUAAUGACGUUAUUGAAGUGAAGAACUAUGACGCCAGAAUCCAUGGGAAGAACACAGUGAUUGGUGUGCUGGACAUCUAUGGCUUUGAGAUCUUUCAGAACAACAGUUUUGAGCAGUUCUGUAUAAAUUACUGCAAUGAAAAACUCCAGCAGCUCUUCAUUCAGCUGGUGCUUAAGCAAGAACAAGAGGAGUACCAGCGAGAGGGCAUACCAUGGAAACAUAUCGAUUACUUCAAUAAUCAAAUCAUUGUGGACCUAGUGGAGCAGCAACAUAAGGGGAUCUUCGCCGUGCUGGACGAGGCAUGUAUGAAUGUUGGGAAGGUGACUGAUGAGAUGUUCCUACAGGCGCUCAACAGCAAACUGGCCAAGCACGCCCAUUACACCAGCCGCAAGCUAUCCCCCACUGACAAGAGCCUAGAGUUUGACCGAGACUUUCGCAUUCGCCACUAUGCUGGUGACGUGGUCUACUCAGUGGUGGGUUUCAUCGACAAGAACAAGGACACCCUUUUUCAGGACUUCAAGAGGCUCUUGUACAACAGCUCGAACCCUGUUCUGAAGGCCAUGUGGCCUGAGGGUAAGUUGAGCAUCACCGAAGUCACCAAGCGUCCCCUCACAGCAGCCACACUCUUCAAGAACUCAAUGAUCUCACUGGUGGAGAACUUGGCCUCUAAGGAACCGUACUAUGUGCGCUGCAUCAAACCUAAUGACGUGAAGUCCCCCCUGCUGUUUGAGUAUGAACGCUGUAAGCACCAGGUAGAAUACUUGGGUCUGCUGGAGAAUGUCCGUGUGCGCCGUGCCGGCUUUGCGAACCGUCAAACGUACCCUCGCUUCUUACAGAGGUAUAAGAUGAUCUCUGAGUUCACAUGGCCGAACCAUGACCUGCCCUCAGAUCAGGAGGCAGUAAAACGUCUGCUUCAAGGGUGUGGCUUUGAGCAUGAUGUGGCCUAUGGCAAGACCAAGGUGUUCAUCCGUACACCACGCACCAUCUUCAGCCUGGAGGAGCAAAGAGCCAACAUGGUGCAGAGGAUCGUCCUCUUUCUGCAGAAGGUAUGGCGCGGCACCAUUGCUAGAAUACGUUACCGUCGCAUGCGGGCUGCACUCAUCAUUUUGCGCGCAUACCAGCGUUACAAGGUCAAGUCCUAUAUCCGAGAGGUGCACCGGCGCUUCCAAAACGUACGCAGCAUGAAGGAUCACGGCAAGCACGUGAAGUGGCCCACACCUCCCAAAGUACUGCGCAGGUUUGAGGAAGCGCUAAGAAACAUCUACAACAGGUGGUGGGCCUGGACCCUAAUUAAAAACCUGUCUCCAGAAGAGAUGUUGCAGGUUAGGGCUAAAGUGGCCACGCUGGAGUGCCUGAAGGGUCAAAGGGCAGACCUCGGCCUGCAGAGAGCCUGGGAGGGCAAUUACCUGAAGCGGGACAGUCCUGAGUCAGCAUCUUCCUUCACCUUGGUGUCCAGUGACCUGCAGAGGAAAGAUAAAUUCAUGAGAGUUCUCUUCUCCUGCAACGUUCGCAAGAUCAACCGCUUCAAUAAGGCAGAGAACCGGGCGCUGCUAAUCACUGAUCGUCACCUCUACAAGAUGGACCCACUGAAACAGUACAAGCCCAUGAAGAGCAUCCCACUGUACAAUGUGACGGGCGUGAGUGUGUCCCCAGGGAAGGACCAGCUGGUGGUCUUCCACACCAAGGACAACCGGGACCUGAUCGUGUGCCUGCAGGGCAUGGUGCCAGUGGGCGAGAGCCGCAUCGGCGAACUGGUUGGCAUCCUGCUCAGCCAUUUCAAAAGUGAGAAGAGGAAGCUCCAGGUGAAUACUGCAAGCCCCAUUCAGUGCAGUAUGAAUGGUCGAAAGUGUACCAUCGUGGUGGAGACCAAGAUCAACCAAUCACAACCUGACUUCACCAAGAACCGAUCAGGCUACAUACUUGCAGUGCCAGGCAACUAAACAAGAGAAUGUAAGCCAUGCUGAAUUCGAUAGAGAAAGAAGUUUCUGUAUAAUCGGACAUCUAGAGAGUAAACACCAUUUCCCUGAAUUUCAUAUCUCCACUCGGUAUAAUCAUGAAACACAGGGUGAAUGAUUAAAAAAUAUUCCUAAAUGAUUACAUAGACCUCGCUUGAGAAGUGCAUUAGUAAGAACACUGAUGUCCUGGUAGAUUUUUUUUAUUUGCACUUUCAGCCAAAUGAAGGGGAGGAAAACACAUGCCAUAUUUAUAAAGAACACAAAAUACAAGCCUUAGGAACAUGGAAGUAAUAUUUUGACAUGCUGGAAAGUGUUUUUUUUGUUUGUUUGUUUGUUUGUUUGUUUGUUUGUUUUUGUUUUUGUUUUUUUGUUUAAAGAGAAUAUUUCUGUUUUUGAUAUAGCACUCAUUUGGGAUCCAGUGUGGCUAGAGUAUAGCUUUAUGUAUAUCACAGAUCAUAGUGGCCAUAUAGGAAAUAUUUAGACUUAUUCAGCGUAUGUUUUGUAGCAGGAUGUGUUGAACAUAUCCCUAAACUUGCUGAGUGCUCAGAGAGGAGCAUUAAAAGCUCUCAUAACUUAAAUACUUGUCAUGCAUAUCUUCAUUUAUGAAACGUAGAGAUGUUGUAUGUGGAGGUAAAAGAGGAGAUGCACCGCAGUUAUAUGCUGUUUAUAUACUAAUACCAAGUCACUUUUUUUGUAGGAAAGUAAAACAUUCCAAAAGGAAGGAAUUUUUUCAAAGAGACGUUAUUUCUUUUGCUUUAUACAUGGCUUAAGGAGUAACUCUGUUCUAGAUGACUCUUCAAACAUUUUAAUAAAUCAAAGGAAGCCAGAGUGUUCAUUCUUCAGUUCUAAACCUGCUCACACUUGAAAAUAUAAUAAUGAUCAAGUUCUUCCUUAUGCAGUAGUAAUUCAAAGCAUUCAGAGGGUUAGAUCUCACUUUUACAUUUCCAAAGAAAGACACUGUUUCAGAACAUUUCUGUUUGAUGGCAAAAUUGGAGAGUAGUUUUUUUUUUUUUUUUUAAGAAAACGUUUUUCAAUCCUCAAUUCAAAGCCUUUGAUAAUUCAUAUUAAAUGCAUCAGAAGUGUGUAGUUUUAGUGGAAAAUGCCAGGAUGUGUGAGGAAAGUCUGAGGCCGAGGAAAAUAGUGAUAAAGUACUGAAGAAAUGUGCUGCUGGUCAUUCCAAGCCGAGCUGCAUAAAUCAGUUUUCUAAUUACCAUUUAAUUCCUAGGGGUUAGAGGGUCUAGUUUAUAGUAUAAUAUCUAAAUUUCGUGCCUACUGUCAGCCACGUUAUUAACGUUAAUAUAGUAAGUAAAUGCACAGGCUUGGAGCCAGCAGAGACUACAUCUAGAGUUUAAUGUAGACUUUCAUCAUUAGCUCCUUUUUCACAGUCUACACGGUCUUCACAAUACUUUGCUGCUCACGUUCACAUCUGACUGGUUUAUUUUUCUUAAAUGGCUUUGCAUAUAGAGGAGCUUUUUUUUUUUGUAACAAAAUAAAAUCUAAUCAUCAUGACAUAUUCUAGCUUCUAAUUCUGUCCUGACACAGUCACCAUGUACACACGUAUGCCCAUGUCAUGUUGAACCAGACAUACAUACACUUUUGUGUCUGAUAUUAAGACAGCACUCUGCUAGCUUCCAGAGUCCUCAUCAGCCAGGUGCUACUCACCAGUAAAGCUCUCUGCUCAGGAGGAAAGGACCAAGCCUUUAUCGUGUGCUCUACAUCAGAGCAGUAUACGUAUAUAACACUAAUUUCAACAUCCCAUAAUUUUACAUAUUGAAUUUAAAUCUGGUAUAUUUUGCCCCGAUUAUAUUCUUUGUCUAUUUUUUUUUUAUCUGUCCCAGAAUGCAUAUCAAUUAAGAAGUCUUUGUUUAUGUUUAUUUGAUAUUGAGCACUCUUAACUGUGUUCAGAAAUGUGUACUGUACUUCACAUGCUUACCACUUUCCAUCACCUUGUUAAGAGGUGUAGUUAAGAUUGUUAAGUUGUAUGAAAUCUUGUUCUAGUCAAUCUCAGUCUUGAAAUAUAGCCAUUGCCGCCUUCUCUUUUUUCAUGUGAUCUUUACGGGACCUUCCUUAUUGUGAAUUUCUGUAAUUUGGUUCAAAUAGCAAAUAGUCAGAAUGUUUGUCCCCUGUUCUAAUCUGUAUAAUUUUGCUCUUCCAGAUGAAAAUGUAUGUGCCUAAUUUUAUAGUUCAUUUAUUUAAUUAAUUCAUUGCUAAAUUUUGAUAUGCUUCAACCAAAUGAAAAGGGAAUAUUAUGAAUGUGCAUAUUGUCUGUUCUAAUGAUAAAUUGACUGACCACGGCUUUUUGAAGCAUAUAUUAGUGCUGUCUUUUGGUCAAACAUCUGACAGUUUAGUCAUCCAAACACUAAAGAAAGGACAUUUUUAUUUUUCAGUUUUUAAUUUGUUAAGUAAUCAUAAAUCAAAAAAAACAAACAAAGAGAGACCUGCUCUAAUCUUUAAUAAUGGGUUAUAAACUAUUGGGUAUAUGAUAUGUUAUACCAAAUAUCAGUGCUCAAUAAACAUCCAGUACUUGAUCCAAUAUGUUGGUAUAUGGUGACAUAAUGUGUUGUUUUUCUUGGCGUUGAUGAUAAAUUCUGCAAGAACUACCGAGUUAUGAACAGUAUGAAUCAUGAUGGCAGCACUAUUGUUGGCUGAUCAUUGAGUCUUCAUUGUACAUAUAGUGAUGAAACUUAUUCUCCCACUGCUACUCUGAAACCGAGACAUAUCUCACACAGCUCUAACACCCACUUCACCAGUCUGGGAUUCAUACUGGAUGCAGAGAAACCUGCAUAAUACACCGAAUCAGUUUCAGUGCUGAACAGACGAAUCUUUAGUUACAUCUAGGUUUGAAAAUCAUCCUGUUCACUGAGCUGUGAUGCAUUAAUCUUUUACUAUAUUCAACUGCAUAUUUGUAAUAUGUGUUUCAGUCAGUUAUAUUUCAGAUCAGAGCAAAACUGAAAAUGACUAGAAUGACUAAGACCAAGAUGAGAUUUAAUUUCUUUAGUCAGGAGUGAAGUUUCUGUUAAGUAAUCCCAGUGAGCUAAUUAUGCAUUAUAAUGAAUCAAGCAACUAUAAUGAUUAUAAAAGAAAGAAAAGAGAGUUUAGUUCAUAAGUCUAAAGAGCUGGAUUAGUAUUAUGUGUUCAUAAAUUAUAGUUGUCCCUAUCUUAUUGAGACAUAAAAGA